CGUGACCUCGUCCGGCACGCGCGACUUCCGCCAACAUGGCUGCGCCCUCGGCAGCCCAGGUGUUCCGCUGCUUCCUCCCGCUUCUGGGGCUGGCGGCCACCGCCGGAGCCGCUGGGAAGGCGGCUGCCGGCGCGGAUUGCGGGUGCAGCGCCAGCCGGGACGGCGGUGACGGGCGGGAGGUGGCGGCGCGGCGGUACUCGGCGGCGGCGGCGGGCGGUGGCCGGAGCGCCGGCGGCGGGACGAUGGUCGCUAUUCCAGGAGGAGUGUUCACCAUGGGCACAGAUGAGCCUGCAAUACAGCAAGAUGGAGAAUGGCCUGCUAGAAAAGUCCACGUUAACACAUUCUACAUGGAUCAGUAUGAGGUCAGCAAUGAGGAGUUUGAAAGAUUUGUGAAUUCAACUGGGUAUGUUACUGAGGCAGAAAAAUUUGGUGAUUCCUUUGUGUUUGAGGGGAUGCUGAGUGAAGAAGUGAAGGCUGACAUCCACCAGGCAGUUGCAGCUGCUCCAUGGUGGUUGCCAGUGAAGGGAGCCAACUGGAAGCACCCUGAAGGUCCUGACUCUAAUAUCUCCAACAGAAUGGAUCACCCAGUUCUUCAUGUUUCCUGGAAUGAUGCUGUGGCAUUCUGCACAUGGGCAGGGAAACGAUUACCAACUGAGGCUGAAUGGGAAUACAGCUGUCGAGGGGGCCUUGAAAAUAGACUUUUUCCAUGGGGCAACAAGCUCCAGCCAAAAGGUCAGCAUUAUGCCAAUAUCUGGCAGGGAGUGUUCCCAACUAACAACACUGCAGAAGAUGGAUACAAAGGAACUGCACCUGUCACUGCAUUUCCUCCCAAUGGCUACGGCUUGUACAACAUCGUAGGAAACGCCUGGGAGUGGACGUCUGACUGGUGGGCUGUUCAUCAUUCAACAGAUGAAGUUCACAACCCUAAAGGGCCCCCGUCAGGGACAGACAGGGUGAAGAAGGGUGGAUCCUACAUGUGCCAUAAGUCAUACUGCUACAGGUACCGCUGUGCAGCCCGCAGCCAGAACACCCCCGACAGCUCCGCUUCCAACCUGGGAUUCCGCUGCGCAGCGGACGCCUCCCCAGGGCCACGCUGACUGGGGGCUGUGGCACCGCCACCCGAGGACAAACAGCUGUGUGGAGUGUCGCUUGCUGCUCACACAGGGCAGAAAAAUCCUGUGCUUGAACUUCGUGCUGAGGGGAAAAAAAUCUUAACAGCGCUCAACUCUGUGCGAAGAACCUUCAUCUGUUUAUCUUUGGGGAGCUGCCCUGGACUCUUGUCCUGACCAAAUGUUUUCUUGGUGAAUUCUGUUGGGUUUAGUGAGAGUAUUCUGUAAACCUGAGCAGAAACACUCCACUUCUGUUUUACCAGGUUAAUUAAUAGGUCCUUUAGAAAAGGUCUUUAUUAAAUAGUUUAAUUUAUGUAUCA